AUGAAGAUCGCACUCCUCCUUGCAUCAUUGGCAUGUGCCAACGCAUUCGUUGCCCCAUCCACCAAUAGCUUUGCCACAUCCACAACAACUCUGUUCGAAGAGGCCGAAGCAGCCGAAGAGGCUUCUGAAAUGAUGGGUGCUGCAGCCAUCUCUGCCUUGACCUCUACCGUCAGCACUGUCUACACUACUGAAGAUGUCGACAACUUCCUUCCGCAUCGAUACCCAUUCGCUCUUGUCGAUAAGGUCGUCGAAAUUGAAGCUGGCAAGAAGGCUGUUGGAAUCAAGUGCGUUACCAAAAACGAGGAAUUCUUCAAUGGGCACUUCCCCGGUAAGCCAAUCAUGCCAGGAGUUCUUCAAGUAGAGGCCAUGGCCCAACUUGCUGGAGUUGUCAUGGCUGGUUUGGACGGAGCAGAACCUGGAGCCAUCUUCUUUUUCGGAGGUGCCGAUGGUGUCAAAUGGAAGAAACCUGUUGUUCCUGGAGAUGUUCUUGUAAUGGAAGUAGAAAUUUUGAAGUUCAACAAGAGAUUUGGAAUCUGUAAGGCUACCGCAAAGGGAUACGUUGAUGGAAAGAUCGCUGUUGAAGUCGCCGAAAUGACUUUUGCUCAAGCCAAGUAA